AUGGAGUCCACAUAUGAGAGCACGAGAAGGAGGCAGAGAUGCCACGGUGCUUGGUGUAAGCAGUUGACGUACCCAGAGGACCUUCCUCAGAUCUCAGUGGUUUUCAUCUUCGUGAACGAAGCACUGUCAGUGAUCCUGCGCUCGGUCCACAGCGUGGUCAACCACACACCGGCUCACCUGCUCAAGGAGAUCAUCCUGGUGGAUGACAACAGUGACAGUGUGGAGCUGAAGUUCAACCUGGAUCAGUAUGUGAACAAACGCUACCCGGGCCUGGUGAAGAUUGUGAGGAACAGCAAGCGGGAAGGCCUGAUCCGAGCAAGAAUACACGGCUGGAACGCAGCCACGGCUCCUGUCGUCGGCUUCUUUGAUGCUCACGUCGAGUUCAACACUGGCUGGGCUGAACCCAUUCUAACCCGGAUGAAGGAGGAUCACACCCGCAUUAUCCUGCCCGCCAUAGACAACAUCAAGUACAACACGUUUGAGGUGCAGCAGUACGCUAAUGCCGCCCAUGGCUACAACUGGGGUCUAUGGUGUAUGUACAUCAUCCCUCCGCAGGAGUGGCUGGACAAGGGCGAUGAGACAGCCCCUAUCAGAACUCCAGCUAUGAUCGGCUGCUCCUUUGUGGUGGACCGGGAAUACUUUGGUGACAUCGGCCUGCUGGAUCCUGGCAUGGAGGUCUACGGAGGCGAGAACAUCGAGCUGGGCAUGCGGGUGUGGCAGUGCGGAGGGAGCAUGGAAGUCCUGCCGUGUGCCAGAGUGGCCCACAUUGAGCGCACCAAGAAACCCUACAACAAUGACAUAGAUUACUAUGCUAAGCGCAAUGCCCUGCGGGCCGCUGAGGUGUGGAUGGAUGAAUACAAAUCCCACGUCUACAUGGCCUGGAACAUUCCCAUGAACAACCCUGGGGUUGAUUUCGGGGAUGUCUCGGAGCGCCUGGCCUUAAGAAAAAGGCUGCAAUGUCGGAGUUUCCGCUGGUACCUUGAACACGUCUACCCGGAGAUGCGGAUCUAUAACAACACCAUCACAUAUGGCGAGGUGAGAAACAGCAAGGCCAGUGGCUAUUGUCUGGACCAGGGCUCGGAGGACGAUGACAAAGCCAUCCUGUACCCCUGCCACGGCAUGUCCUCCCAGCUCGCCCGCUACUCCACGGAGGGGCUUCUCCAGCUUGGACCCCUGGGGUCGACCACCUUCCUGCCUGACACAAAAUGCCUCAUUGAUGAUGGCAGAGGACGUACUCCCAGCCUGAAAAAAUGCGAUGCUGUCUCGAGGAUUUCCCAGAGACUGUGGGACUUUACACAGAAUGGUCCAAUCAUCAGCAGGGACACUGGUCGAUGCUUGGAGGUAGAAAUGUCCAAAGACGCCAACUUUGGCCUUCGUCUGGUGGUCCAGAGGUGCUCUGGUCAGAAGUGGAUGAUACGAAACUGGAUUAAGCAUCCCAGGCACUGAAGCCAGCAGACAAUCCGAGACAUUUUGGGCAAUGGUUGAAGACGCAGUUGGAUCUCUAACUGUGGACAGUUCAAAAAGGAGCAGGGACCGGUGGUGCUAGUGUGUGCUAUUUCACACUACAGACUGCACAGCACACUGAGCUUCCCUCAGGCCACAGAGCUUUCCAACACUGAGUCUUAAAGAAGAAUAUGAUCAAUUCAUGUGUCCCACUGAGCUGCGCGUUCACACCAGACCUUACGGCAAGCUGCACUGUUUGAAAUGGCCCACAUUUCUGACAUUCAGCUACAUGUAUAGAACAAGUCACCUGGGUGCAGCGUCUCAAGGUGGUCUGACAUGUCAGUAAUUAUUUUGUUUCUACUGUAAAACUGUCAGAUGUUUGGGGAUGACAAAGGCCGUGGGUGCGUGUGUUUUUUUGAUUUUUUUUUUUUUUUUUCUGACUGCAUCUGAGCAAAUCAGAAGAUGUAAUUGCCAUCAAUUACCACAUUAAAGUGAUUAUUUUGGGCUGCGAUUUGGAAAAUUGCUUUGGACAUAUUGUGCUGCCCUGACAAGACAUGUAAUAGGCUUCAAACAGGCUACCCAUCAUCAGGUCGGGAAACACUUCACCUGCACUCACACAAACCACUACAGUUCUUUGUUUCUUUGGACCGUAUUGCUCACUGUGGACAGGAGCAAUCAUGUGCCUUUUUUUCCUCAUUUUUCUGCUUCAUCUGACCAGGGAAUGUCAGUCCCACAAGCAUGUACAAAAUUAUUUGAAAGUUAUUAAUAUAUAAAACAAUGUAUAAAACAGUCUAAUGAUAGUAAUAUAUUGUAAAAAGUGAAAAAUUGAUAUCCGUCCUCUGAUAACAAUUAGGAUAAUAAAAUCAUUUUUAUGAUGA